AUGCUAACAGUAACUAAAACUAUCACUGACUUGUUUAUACCAUCAACGAGAUUAAAAUCAUUUGGGGAUAGAGCUUUUAGUGUAUAUGGUCCGCGAUUGUGGAAUAACUUAAAAGCUGUGAUAAAGUGUUCAGAAACGAUUGCGCAAUUUAAUCCUGAACAGAUAGCUGCCAAUGUUAAACUAGCUAGACUACAGUCUAUAUUUAAAGAUGCAGAUUCAGAUGGUGAAUCUGGUCUUAGCAUGAGCGAAUUUAAAGAGGCUCUCAGACGAACAUCAAACAAGCCAAUCGACGAAGAGGAGGUUGAAAAGUUGUUUAUGAAAAUGGACGCCAACUGUGACGGAACUCUCGAUUGGGAAGAAUACGUCAGUUACAAUUUGUUAGAAUACCAAGAAAAAUCACAAAUGUUAGAAAUGUUAAAAGAAAAACCCUUUCCAAAAGAAGUCAAAGAAAUUCAAACUCGACACCACGAUAACAUAGUCCGUGUUAUUUAUUCUCCGCACGUGCAUAAAAGAUGGACUAAACUUGAUUACACGAAUGGAAAAUACGUCACAGUCAGCAAAGAUGGGAUAGUAACAUUUUGGAGUAUGGAAUUAAGAUUGAAUAGAAUCCAUACAAUACCCAUACCACCAGACAGAGCUACACAACCAUGGUUUGUCGAGAUGUGUUGCAUCUAUAACGUCAAUAUGAUAGCCUUGGCUAGUACGGACAGAGACAUCGCCUUUUAUGAUAUCACGGCAAAAAAAUUUGUCAAACGUUAUGUUAUUACAGGAUUAGAAAAUUGCAUAACUACUAUGGACUAUUGGGCAGAUUUGGAGAGCAAAAGUCAAUCUGUGCUAGUUUGGGGCGAUACUGAAGGAUGCUGUUGUGGUAUUUACUUUGAAAUACAAAGAGGUAGUGGUUUAUUUGGAUCUUUACCAAGCAAACAGGAAGUAGCAAAAAGAAUCAGUUUUGCUGAACUGUUGAAAGGUCAUUACCCAAACAUCAAGGCCUUUCGGCUGGCUGGUAUUCAUGACGACUGGGUUUCAAAAAUGUCCUACAUACCGGAAAUUGGAUGUUUUCUCUCUUGUUGUCAGUCGAGUACAACGUCACUAUAUCUUGGCGACUUCCUGAAAAAGAAAUCUCCAGCCUAUUUUAAAGUCGACAAGGGUCUGUUUGCUUUCGAUUAUUGUCCCAAGCUGAACAUCAUUGCUACAGGGGGCAUGGACUAUAUUGUGAGAAUAUGGAAUCCAUACGUUAACAACAAAUGUAUUGUUCUGCUAAAAGGACACACGAAGCCCGUGGUCCAUGUUGUGCUGGUUGGCAAGAAACAUCAAGUUGUUAGCAUCGACAAGAGUAAAACAAUCAGAGUCUUCGAUCUCAAAGAUCAGAGUUGUCUCCAACACCUGAGUGGCAGAAUUCUAUCUCUUGGCCCGUUUCCUAUUUCUACGAUAUUCUUUAAUCCGGGUCUACAGCACCUGGUACUGGCGACCAACAAUUUAGGUUUAUUAGAAAGUCGAGAAGAAGAUGAACGUCAUGCUGAGAUCUUAUCGCACAAUAAACCAGUUGCACAGAUUCUGUAUAACACAAUAUUUAAGGUUGUUGUGAGUGCUUGUGAAGAGUCUGUAAUCAGUGUUUGGGAUAUCGAAACCGGGGAAAAACAGAUGCAGUUUGUGAAUGCUCAUACAGCCAUGGAAGAUGGCUUCCUAACACCUUUAGAAAUAACAGCCAUGUGUUUUGAUCCACCUUUGAGAAGACUUCUUACAGGUGCUCGGGAUGGCAGUGUUAAGGUGUGGAAUUUUAAUGUUGGCGCCGUGCUUCAAGAAUUCUCAAUGCCAGAGGCAUCCAUGGUAACAGGAAUCAUUUGUACUCCUACAAAGUUUUAUAUCACCGGGUGGUUUAGGUACGUUGGUGUUUAUGGAGAUGGCGAAGACAUUGAGACUUUGAAACUAUGGCCAAAGAAACAUGAAGAAGACAUUCUGUGUAUGGCUCAUCUUAAUCCAAACCUGAUUGCUACUGGUGGUUACGAUGGUACGAUCAUAGUUUGGUUGAGAGAAACUGGACACACCUAUUGCAGACUCAAUGCCCAUAAAGGUGAUAAAGAUUACACCCGCAAAGAAUAUGAUAAUUUGACUAAGAACUACGAAGCAGCUAUAGAAAAGAUGUUGUUUUUAGAAACUCGAAACUAUGCUGAUAAAGAUACGGCAGUUCUGGUUGCAUCGGGUGCCGAAGGAUGGGUUCGCUUCUGGUCGGUGGCGCAAGGCGGCAGAUUACUCGGUCAAUUCAAUGCAGCGCAUAAACCUGAUAGCAGUGUCAAUACAAUGGUUGUUGAUUCGGAAAAUCGUUAUCUAAUAACCGCAGAUACGAUGGGUGUGGUGAAAGUUUGGGAUAUCUUCAAUUACUGUAUAAGAAGGCGAAUAACAGAUGAUGCCUCUUUCUCUCGUUUUAAGAAACUUACUAAAACAUUUCCCUACCUUAAACAAUUUUCAUUAGAUGACACUUUGAAUGAUGAAAAAUCUGAGGUAUUGCUGAAGAGACCACCUCCUGUCUCCAGCAAUCCCGAUGAGACAUUAAAAGAGCCGCUAAUCUUGAACUCCUUUAGAGCUCAUACAAAAGCAAUCAGAGAUUUGGAGUAUAUCAAUGACAGGCAACUAAUUAUUACAGCCAGUGCUGAUUGUGCCAUCAGAUUGUGGACCGUCUGUGGAAAAUACAUUGGAACAUUUGGGGAAAGAUGGAAACAGUUGCCCAAAAUGAUUAAAGCUUCAGCUAUAAAGAGAACAAUUCCGAAGGAUAUCAGACGGUGUGGGUCUGCUAAAACCAUGCGAGUGCUAAAUGGAGGAAAGAUACCUUAUUGGAGCAAGGCUAUGGCUACGGUAAAACAACGAGGAUUUGCUCGUCUUAAGGCCCAGUUUGAUUAUCUUCAAGACAAAGAUGAUCUUGGAUCACUGGUGAUGAAAGCAAAAGAAGAGGAGGAAACCAGUAACAUAUUGGGCAAAGCAUAUCAACGUCAAGUUAGACAUAAAAUGCCACCAAUACUUCCCAAGAUUUUAGAAACCCCAAAUUCGAUAGCUGUAUAUCAUACCUUGCCAUUUGCCGAUCUGUGCCCGAUUGAUAUUACGCAAGCUACAGCCCACCUUGAUGAAGCCAGCCAAAAAAGAUGUAUGGCCAGCAUGAAGGACUCCCACAAACGAGACAAAAAGGGUGAAUCACCUAUUGGACUAGUUGGGCAUUAUAACCAAGUGGUUCAUAAAAGUAUGGGUGGUACGAAGCAUCUCACUCCAUCGAACCGGGUUAGAAAAGUCGUAAGUCGACAUACAAAAGCGUCUGUUAAUACAUCACCGGAAGUAGAUGACCGAAGUACGCCAACAAGUUCGCCUAUACACCCGUUAGACAUGUCAAGUCCACAACCAACAACCGGUCGUAAUACUACAAAAUUAAAAUUCCCCGUAAUUGAGUAAUUGACCGGCUCAGAAAGCUAAAUAAAGAUUGUAUAACAUAAUAAUUGGUCUAUACAUAACAGAUAAUGCGGGUACCAAGUACAAAAAAUAAUCCAUAAUUUAA